UGGCGAGCGAGAUCGGAUCGGAAGGUGACCAAGCCACAGGCACAAGCUCAUUGGCCGACGCAUGAGCCAGGCACCGCUUCCCCGCAUUCCCCGCCUUCCUUGUGCGCCGGUAGUGUAAGCUUCUUCGGUCCGAGCAGAUCUUCCACCCUACUCUACUCCUCCAUACUACCACCCGCAGUAGACACACAGCGACCACGACCAUGUCUGAAGAGAUCCCUGCAAAUCGUCCACGGCCUCCUCGCAAUCUGCGGCAUCCUACCGUGCUCAGCUAGCGCCCCUCAUCAACUCACUCCCUCCGCACUGGGAGAUGCACUUCCUCGAGGCAGGGUUCGCAGUGGAUCCUGAAGCUGCCAACGAGGCUUCGGGGAGCAGUGGCAGUAGCAGUGGAAGCCCCAAGAUCAGCAGAGGAGAGAAGAUCCGCCAAGCUCUGCUAGAUUGCUCCUUACUGGAUGCGCUAGGAGGAGAGGUGGAGAGCGAGAAGACCAGGAAGGCCAUGCUCGAUAAGGCGCAAACGUCGCCUACCCCGUCUUCUUCACAAGCAGUCUCAUCGCCUGCAGAGCAGCGACUAGCCUCCUUGCGCAAAUCGCUCGCCGAGUCGGACGACGAGGCUCGCAGCGAGACCUUCAGGAUAUACACUCGUUCUGGGCUGGACGAUGCCGAGUCAUUGCUCAUGGCCGAGGGCAUGCUCGCGCCUGAUCGGGACUGGUUCAUCCCCAAUCGGCGGAGCGAUGCAGAAGGACCAGCAGUCAUAGGUUUACAAUCCUCCUUAGCGCGAGUGGGCGACUAUCUACGCGAGAAGGGUCCCUUCCACAUCGGCAUCGGAAGCGGUUCAGGCUACGAAGUGCUCCGCCUCGUAUCCGCUUUGCUGAAGUCUGCCGCCUCCUCCUCCGACGAUGACACGCAAGCCAUGCAGCCUGUGCUAUCCUACCCGCUUCUCUUUCCACUCCUCCCGCUGACCGCCCCUGCUCCACGUAUGGGCGGGUGGGAAGUCCUGCCGUCUCUUCCGCUCCCCAAUGGACGAAGGCGAGCUCUUUGCCAGAGUGGUAUGCACGUCCUUGUCAGAAUGGGAGAGGGGGUGCCUGUGCUGAAGGAGGAGUUCUGGCAAGGGGAGAGGAAGAAGUGGCAGGACACGGGCGCAGGGGAGAGCAAAGAAGAGCAGAAGGUGAAGACGUGGAGGAUUGGACUGUUGCCUCUGACAAGUACCUCCUCAAAGGGUCAAGAAGCUACGAGCUCGACUUCGUCAGACGAGCACCUCCUCCUUUCCCCCUCCUCCACUGCGACAGCGGCAGCAAAUAGCGCUACCCUCCUCACCUCCUCUACCACGGCGUACCUCGCUUCCACACUUCGCAAGCUCUGUUUCCACCUCGAGGUGGUCCCCGGGCUGGAGCCAGCGGAGGCUCGAGCGGUGGCAAGGGCACGCGCUCGUGAGGAGGCGCAGGAGGAGGAGAAGCGUAGACAGCAGGGCGGAUCAGCAGAGGGAGAAGAUGGAGUGCAGAUCGAACGGGAUUCCAUUGGGCCCUUCUUGCGGGAGAGGGCGAGGCAGGAUGCGAUGGAGGAGAGGCAAGACGGAAAGAUCUGAGGUGUACCCUACCGCCACACUUGGACCCCUACAAGGUCAAUGCGCAUCACAUCGCCUAAUCAGUCUUUCUCAGGGCUUGUGCGCUCACUCAGACACACAGGCAUAAUACAAUAAGCAGCUAACACAACUACUCGUAUUCAAGCUAAGUAAGAGUAUGGUGACAAUA